AAAGUCGACGCGAAAGGUACGAAAUAUUCUCAGUGAAACCCUUCGAAUUGUGUUACAAGUAGAACUAUAUCAACGAGAGUGGAAUAUGAAUCGGGAUUCAAGUUCGAGCCAAAAAAUUGACGAUGACCGGUCCAGUGAAGUCGAUCUUCAAUCUACAUGCUACGAAUGUGUCAAUCCUCUAUACAGCGAAAUAUACCGAAAAUCGUUAGAAGAGCCACAUAUAUUCUGGGGAGAGCUGGCAGAGCAAUUGAUAAGCUGGGACAAACCUUGGGACAGUGUUAUGGAUAAUAGUGACCCACCCUUCACUAAAUGGUACUCAGGAGGUCUACUCAAUGCAUGCUACAAUACGUUGGAUCGUCAUGUACUUAAUGGAAAAGGUGAAAAGGUUGCGCUCAUACAUGACAGUCCCAUGACAAACACAGUUCGCCGGGUCACAUAUAAUGAAUUAUUAGAUAAGGUCUCCCGGCUUGCAGGUGGUUUAAAAAAGAUGGGAGUGAAAAAGGGUGACAGAAUUGUCAUAUACAUGCCCCUAAUUCCAGAGGCAAUCAUGGCAAUGUUAGCAACUGCUAGACUGGGAGCGGUGCAUUCUGUCGUAUUUGGAGGCUUUGCUGCUAGUGAACUAUGUACUCGAAUCGAGCACGCUGAACCAAAAGUUGUAAUCGCCGCGAAUUUCGGAAUAGAACCCAAUAAAGUCAUACCUUAUUUGGACAUUUUGCAUGAAGCUGUACAGAUGUCGAAAUGGAAACCUCAAGUUAAUAUAAUAUUUCAACGAUCGAGCAUUUUACUCUCAGAAUUGGACAAAAGAAUAGAUGUCGCAUGGGAGUCUGUAUUUGAUGAACCAACUGAAUGCGUACCGGUAGAAUCUAAUGAUCCACUUUACAUUUUGUAUACUUCAGGUACAACAGAUAAGCCGAAAGGAAUACAGCGUCCCAUUGGAGGUCACCUGGUAACGCUUAUGUAUACCAUGGAUACAAUUUAUGGCGUGCAGCCUGAUGAUAUUUGGUGGAGUGCUUCUGAUAUGGGAUGGGUGGUAGGACAUUCUUAUAUAUGCUAUGGGCCAUUGCUUAUCGGAGCGACCAGUGUGAUGUAUGAAGGCAAACCUGAUCGUACACCGGAUCCAGGCCAAUAUUUCCGUCUCAUUGAGCAGCACAGUGUUACUGCAUUAUUCUCCGUGCCCACAUCUUUCAGAGUGUUAAGGCGCAUUGACCCCGAGCUUAAGUAUGGCAAAAAAUACAGUCUGAAAUCACUUCGAACAGUAUUCAUUGCGGGAGAGCAUUGUGAUCUUGAAACUAAGAGUUGGAUUGAAAACAUAUUCAAAGUUCCGGUGUUGAAUAACUGGUGGCAGACGGAAACUGGCUCAGCUAUCACGGCAACAUGUGUGGGUCUUGCCCAUAACCUGAAUCCACCCAAUUUCACAACAGGACUCCCCUUUUGUGGCUAUGACGUACGUGUCCUAUAUCCUGACGGCUCCGAAGCACCUUCGAAUGAGCUAGGCCGCAUUGUGGUUAAACUACCGUUACCUCCAGGAACGAUGUCUACACUAUACCGAAACGACGAAAUGUUCAAAAAAGUGUACUUCGACAAGUACCCGGGGUUCUAUGACACGAUGGAUGCAGGAUAUAAAGAUGAGAGAGGUUACGUGUAUGUGACGGCACGAGAUGAUGAUGUUAUCAACGUGGCCGGACAUAGAAUAUCAACUUCAAGCUUAGAAGAUGCAAUAUUGAGACAUCCCGACAUAGCUGAUGCAGCUGUUUUUGGAGUACCAGAAGCAACAAAAGGGCAAAUACCGCUUUGUUUAUAUGUCACCAUGGACGGAAUUAACAAAGCUACAGCCAAAUUAUCCGUGGAGCUGAUUGCAUUGAUACGAGAGGUUAUUGGCCCGAUUGCGUCUUUUCGACUAGUGGGUAAAGUGAAAAGCCUACCCAGAACCAGAUCAGGAAAAACAAUGCGUAAAGCAAUGGCUGACUUUGCAGCGAAUAAAACAGUUAUUCUUCCCGGUACAAUCGAGGAUAUUGGGGUGUUUGAGGACAUCAGAAAUGCUUUACAAAAGUUGGGAUAUGCCAUGAACGCCCCUGCGCCGGUAAUAGGAAACAAAACUUAGAUGUGAAAAGCAAUUAAACUAUGGAUAAUUCAUGUAGAAAAUUAUUAAAAAUAAAAUUAUCAAAAAAUAAAUAAGAUUUCAUCUGAAAUGUAUUAAGAAUUGCAAUAUCAAUUGAACCAAUUGUGUUUUUUUUUUUCAUCAUAAUUGUAAGACUAAAAAUAACAUAACAAAUACUGCA